CCGUGGUUCAUAUUGCAAUGACUCAUUAUGUUCUCAACUCGUGUUUCCGCAAGAUGAUAGGAAUAUUCCUCUCGAGGGCGAUGCCGACUAGGAAAGUGGUGAUCAUGCUAAGGGUAUUGCUACGCAUGUAGCGCCGUCGAUCCUCGAGCAUCUAAUUGGAUCCACAUUGAUGAUCGUAGAGGCAGCGUAACUCACGCUGAUCAGCUCCACGAUCUGGUGGGCAGGCUUCACGGUCCGGUGCUCAAACCCGUUUCUUUCGCGGUUGAUUGUUCGCUUCGGCCAACUCUCGUACGAUUUCCUGGUCCAAUUCUACGGCUUCAGUCAGUAAUCAUCGAUAUCAUCAGCAACACUGCUGGUAACAAGUCAGUGAGUUUGAACCCUCCGCCUUCUCGAACAUGUCCACGCUUGCGGAAUUCGAGAUCCCCUUUCCCUUGCAUUCACUUGCUUGAUUAUCCUCUAGAUCUUCUGAUGUGGGGCCACAGGUCGUGUACAGCAGUCCAACACUAGUGUUGGACUGCUGCUCAUCAUCGGAGCUUUAAUUCGAAUAGAAAAUGCUAUUGCGCUGCUCUCGUCCUGUAUGUCUCCGCUGCACCUGAAGAUAAGUAAUUCUUGCCUUCUAAACGGGUCCUCAGACCCGGCACGCCGUGCUGGCAUCGGCACUUGGCUCAAAGUGGGAAAUGACGCUCGUGGGGGUGGCAAUCAUUCUGGACGAUACAGUUGUGUUCCCAGCGACAGCUAAAGGUGACAGCUACCACAAGGCGCCCGAGAUUCUUGCACGGAUCAUCAGGGCCAGCCUUUCCGUACCUGCGCGAGCCACAAGAUGCGGCUUUAUCUCGGGCGCCGGUACGAGGUAUCCUCACUUGUUCUGCUUCCCUUAUAAAGGAGUUCAAACCACUUCCUAACGGG